ACGUUACAAAGUCGCACCGGUUUUGAUUUAAUUAGUGUCAUAAAUGCUCUCGUGUUCUUUCAGGGGAGCAAAGAUGUAGCUGGCUCAAAGUUGGCACAGAAAAGAAAAGUGGGUGAAGGCGGAUGCUUCAGCAGCCACCUAAAAACCCAUCUUUCAGUCAGACCACUCCUCCCGGGUCACCGUUACUCGCUUAACCUUCUGCGUCGGCAGCAGGCAGCAACAGACGCCAUCGUUCCUGUUGUGCUAAAAAGCAAGCUUGAAACGAAAAGCUUGAUUUUCCAGGUAGUCCACGAUGGACUCAAGAUCUCGCAGACUUCCUUUUUGUCUGCCCAGCUCAAGGUCGUCCUACAUAGCCAGCCCCACACAUUCAACAGUCCCCUCGUCAUCUCUGGGAUCUGGUAGGCUAUACAGCAGGGAGCCGGCGCUAAAUAAUGACCGCUUCCCAAGGGCAUCAUCACCUUACAAAGCAGACCUUGACAAACAGAAUUCUCGUCUCCUGAGCUCAUCGAGAGACUACAGUAACUCUGACAGUCGCUCCAGUAGCUGGAAGUUGCCCUCUCUGACAACGUCCAGCAGAUCAUAUGAUUGCCAGUGGGCCGAAUCCUCUCUCAGCAGCAGGAGCAAACUGACUGACUCUGAGGCGAGGUUUGGGAUGCGCUCUGGUAUGUUGAAUGCCGUUGAUGAUGGCGACUCUAAAAGGGCCAAACUGUCGAGCACCAACAGAGGACUGUACUCAAGAAUGGGCAACAGCUCAGUUACAGGAUCCACCUACUCCAGUAAUGGGCUUAGCAGCAGCAGAGGGGAAAAACAAAAUGAUUCGCUUGAUUCACCGUGGAGCUCAUGCCGUUUACUCUCACGGUCGUCGUCAUCAUCCGCUUCCUCUUCCAAGCCGCUAAUGUCCCGAAGAGAGCAAGAGACAAAGAAUGAGCCCAGUCUCUCAGGUUUGGGAGAAAGAAGAGUUAGGACUCCUGGAUUGGUUUCCUCCUUAUAUCACACAGACAGGGUAACCUCUACAUAUGCACAGGGAGCUCGUCCUAAAGAAACGUCCUACUCUCCCUCCUCCUUCUCCUCUUCUUCCUCUUUCUCCUCCUCCACUGCUCGAGAAAGCUCCCUAAAUCGCCACCUGACAUCUUCUAACGGGACUCCUCCUCAGGUGCGUAACUUCAGCAACAGAACCGCAACCCGUUUCUUGAAUGGAUCAUCCACCUUCACCUCAUCUCAGGAACAAGCAGAAAGGCCCUCAGAUACCUCUUCCGCUCAUUCUUCCCAAACCUCCUGGUACGCCACUCCUUUGCCCAGACCAGAGCCCACACUCCCAAGGCCGAUCCCUGUGGGUGCUGAACAAGAGGGCCGUCGCUCCACACGCCGCCUUUUGUCUCGUCUCUUUUCACGGCGCUCCAGCCAGGACUCUUCAAGCGGAUCUUCAAGCGUUCGGUCAGUUGACGAUGACAGCCCGUCAACCGGUGGGGAGUCAGUGGACAGCGAUGAGGGAGCCAGGAUGCCUAGUGUGGACCCUGACACUGGAAGGUCAACCAUAGGCAGCCUCAGGAAUAACAGAGCAGAUCUCAGCUCUAUCCAGGAAAGCAGCCGUGGUGACUAUCACAGUGGCCUGCCUCGACCGCGAAUGGCAUCGUGGAGAGAGCCCGGUGUUGGCAGCAGUGGAGGAGGCAAUGGCUCCUCCUGGCUUUCUUCCUCCUUCCGUGGCCGCUGUCCUCCUCUCCUCUCUCGUCUCAGAAGGCACGCCAGGGACGAAAGUGCACAGUCCUCUGUGGGCUCAGAAGAAGGCUACAGACAUUUAUUGAGAAGGUGGGAUGAUCUUGAGCAUAAAACAUCCCAGGAUGAUGGUGGUGGUGAUGAGGAUGAGGAUGAAGAUGAGGAUGAAGAUGAGGAAGAGGAAGGAGCAGUUGGUUUAGAGGCCUUUGGUGGAGGCCGUACUUACAGAAUCGAGGAUGAAACGUUACCUGACCUCGAAAAUGCCUCGGUUGAAUUUUCACCACGCCGUAGAGUCAGAGUGUAUGAAAACAUUUCCAUUUCUGUGGGUCCUCUGGGUGGGGCUGAGAGCCAGCCGGACGACCAGAAAGAGAAGACCAUUUCCAGUAGGGAUCAAGAGAAGCUACGCAAGCUCAAAGAAAGACUUCUGCUGGAGGAUUCUGAUGAGGAAGAAGGGGAUCUGUGCCGAAUCUGCCAGAUGGGGGAGGAAUCUUCAUCCAACCCCCUGAUUCAGCCUUGCCGCUGUACAGGCAGUCUGCAAUAUGUCCACCAGGAAUGCAUCAAGAGGUGGCUUCUCUCCAAAAUUAGCUCAGGUGCAAACCUCGAAGGCAUCACAACCUGUGAACUCUGCAAGGACAAGCUGCAUUUGAACAUCGAUGACUUUGACAUUCAAGAGCUGUACCGGACGCAUGUGCAAUCUGAAUAUGAUGAGUUCAUCAGUAGCGGCCUCUACCUGGUGGUCCUGUUGCAUUUCUGUGAGCAGAGGUUCUCUGAUGUCCUCGGAGCGGUCGAUGCCGCCGGGUUAUUCAACCUGGUGAGAAUUCUUCAUGAACACAUGGACAAUCUUGAAAUUCCUCACGGGGAAAGCGACGAGGAGGCGCGAGACAACAGGCCGUCUAUCGAGUUUUCGGACCUGGAUGACGAUCUCGAAGAGGAGUACUAAUUAUGUGGGAAAGGGAAAAAGUAGGUCAGGUGAUCUGUAGUUUCAGGGCCUCUCCAUUAUGUGUGGGGGCUCACCGGGUUUUCACACAUGCUUUGAUGUCUGAAAUCCUCUGAAAUGUGAGUGAGAUGCCGAGUGCACAGAACAUGUCUCGCCUUUUCUGCAGGCCGCUUUUGCAGAUAUGCAAACUUGGAAUGAUUUAGUAUGUUAAGUAUUUAGGUUAAUACCACUAUAUUUGUUUCCUUGAGAGAGCACUUUAAUUCAGUUAUAAUUUAAUCAAAAUGCAAGUCGUUUUUUUUUUUUUUUUGUUAUACCACAAGUGCUUUAAUGUUUAGAUGAAAAGAGAGAAACUGAAUUGGACAGUGGUAACAAGUGAUUUUGGAAAAACAAUGUAAAAAAAAAAAAAAAAA